AUGGGGAUGGGCUUUGGCAUGCAGCAGGCGUCUUUGACGGUGCAGACGGUCUUAUCAAGGUGCGAUGUGGCGACCGCCGAGACAUUGAUGACGUUCAGUCAGACGCUGAACGGGUCGAUCUUUGUCAGUGUGGGCAUCAACCUCUUCGACAACAGGUCGAGUCACGGAUUGGCUGGCAUCUCGUUGAUUGACAUUGGUGUGGUGGUGAAGUUCGGCGCUACAGAGUUGAGGGAUAUGAUUCCUCAUCGGCUCUUACCACAGGUUCUGGUCGCAUAUAACACUGCUUUACGCAUCACGUUCUACGCAGCAACGUCUUUGGCAUGCGUCGGCAUCAUUGGAGCGGUGGUUGUGGAGUGGGUGAGUGUCAAGAAGGACGAGAAAAGGUAA